AUGAAAACAUGCCAUGCUCACUUGUCGCAUAUUGAGGCCCAUUUGGUGGCAGCCAGCGGCGAGUUUGUGGGAACCUUUUUAUGGUUAUGGACGAGUUACGCCGGCCAUCUAAUGGCACUGCAUCAGGCGCCAGGAGAGGCUCCAGAGGGCGGAUUGCUGCACACGACAAUCAUGGCGGCGGCACUGGCGUAUGCACUGCCUUUGCUCGCCAACAUCUGGGCGUUCUACCGUAUCAGCGGAGGAGUGUUUAACCCAGCUAUCACGCUUGGCCUCGUGGCCGCAGGACAACUACCCCCGAAACGAGCACUCUUUCUGUUCCCUGCCCAACUGCUAGCUGCCUUAUCAGCCGCCGGGCUCGUGCAGUGCAUGUUCCCAUGGGAUGUCAGCGAAGCGAAUACCACUCUCGCCACGAACGUCUCCGUUACCCAGGGCUUGUUUAUCGAGAUGUUCCUGACGUCGGAGCUCAUCUUUGUUGUCCUCAUGUUGGCGGCCGAGAAGCAGAAGGCGACAUAUCUGGCCCCAAUGGCUAUCGGCCUGGCCGUGUUUGGUCUCAUGAUGGGAGGUGGCAUUUACACGGGAGCUGGACUCAACCCCGCCCGCAGUCUCGGAUGUGCCGUUGCUGGAUCGAGCUUCCCCGGCUAUCACUGGAUUUACUGGAUCGGCCCUGGUUUGGGCGGCCUGUUGGGGGCCAUGUACUACCGCAUCGUCAAGUUGAUUCACUACGAGGAGGCGAACCCUGGACAAGACGCAGAAGGAGGUGCUCUUCCCGAUGGCGCUACGGUGCCGAAGAAUCUGUAA